CACAAUUUACUGGUCCAACUGGAAAGAAACAGGAUCUUUGAUUGAAAGUAUUUCAGUAAAUGGAUCUAAUCAUCACUCAGUAAUUACAUCCAACCUGCAACAUCCAACAGAUAUCAGUCUUGAUCAUGAAGCAUCUAUGUUAUAUUGGGUGGAUGUACAUAUUGAUGGAACUUAUUAUAUUGAGAGAAGCAGUACGAAGGGGUUGAGAAGACAGGUUAUAGAAGAAGGAUAUGGCCAUGGUCCUUUUGGUAUCACAGUCUUUGGAGAUUAUCUGUUUUCAACUAUGCGUGACCAAAUUUUACGAAGUGAUAAAAACAGUGGAAAUAAUAAAAUUGUGCUUCAUUCAGGAAUGAAAAAGCCAAUGGAUUUGGUUGUUGUAUCAUCUACGUAUCCAAAAUGUACUCUCUCUACCCUGUCCAAUACAUUACAGAAUCUAAAUAAUAAUUGUAAUGGUACAAAAUGCUGGAAAGACUCGCAGAAUGUGGCUAACAGCACAAUUGCUGACACAGUAGAGUUGACAACGUUAUAUCUUGUGCUUGUGAUAUUGGGCAUACUUUGUUUCCUUAUGUUGCUUACUUUGUUAUUAUACUAUAGAAAAAGGAAGAAAUAUUUUGAAGAGUCUUCCUCGGGUUUUGAAAACCAACUGUCAAACUGCUCACAGGAAAACAGUGUAUGUAGUGAAACAGUGGGAGAGGUAUUGAAUGGACACCAGCAUGAACAGUCUACUUUCUGAAAAGGACCUAACCUAUGUGUACCUUCACUUUACAAAAUGUCCAAGAAAAACUCAACUCCUGCUUCAAAAUAACAAGGAGUUUAUAAGUGAUACCCUCUUAUAGAGAAUCUAGGAUUUGUUCUUCGGCCUGUUUUAUAGUAGAUACUUCCUUUCAGUUUCACUAAAUGUUAGUGUUUUAUGAAGUAAAAGUAUAAAUAUUUAAAAACAUUACAGUCUUGUAAAAGUAUUAGAAUUAUUUACUAAUAAAAAGUGAAGAUGCCAAAAACAAAUUAAAAUUCAAAAUUCUCAAGAUGGUAACAAGUACUGUAUUUUUCUCUGAGUUGCAACAAUGGUAACAAGCAUUGUACUUUUCUCUGAGUUGCAACAAUGGUAAUAAGUAUUGUACUUUUCUCUGAGUUGCAACAAUGGUAACAAGUAUUGUACUUUUCUCUGAGUUGCAACAAAGGUAACAAGUACUGUACUCUUCUCUGAGUUGCAACAAUGGUAACAAGUACUGUACUUUUCUCUGAGUUGCAACAAAGGUAACAAGUACUGUACUUUUCUCUUAGUUACAACAAUGGUAACAAGUACUAUACUCUUCUCUGAGUUGUAACAAUGGUAACAAGAACUGUACUUUUCUCUGAGUUGCAACAAUGGUAACAAGUAUUAUAUUUUUCUCUGAGUUGUAACAAGCAACAAUUUUUGUUUUGAGUACAUUAUCAGAUAAUUCCCACUGUAUUAUAAUUCAGAACCUCAAUAAUAUUGUUUAUACAAAAGAAUAAAAAUGUUUAUGGUAACAACCUUGAAGCUCCAUGACAUUAAAUUAAUAGUAAUUUUGGGUUUCUAUUUUUCUGUGUUUUGAAGUAUGUGGUUUCCCGUUUUUGGAAAUGUAUACAAUGUUUUGAAUUACUGGUUGUGAUUCAUUAAGAAUUUGAAACAGAACUCAGUAUUUUAAUGAUAACCGUAUAGUCUAAUUUAAUAAGACAGUAACUUACAUCAUAAAUAGACACACACAUGUAGAAAUAAUUCUAUCAGCUUGAUCUAUUAAGACAGUAUUUUACAUCAUAAAUAGACAUACAAAUGUAGAAAGGAAUCUUUCAGCUUGAUCUAUUAAGACAGUAUUUUACAUCAUAAAUAGACAUACAAAUGUAGAAAUGAAUCUUUCAGCUUGAUCUAUUAAGACCAUAUCUUACAUCAUAAUACUGAUGGACAUUUCACAGGGGUUUUUAUAUUUGAUGUAUGAAAAAGACGCAUCAUAAAUGAAGAUGUCUUCUUUUGUUGCUCUCUGUCUUUAGUGAAAGUUUUUUCCAGUAAUUUCUGAGUGUUCUUUUGUUAUUGUUUUGUUGAAGUUUGUGGUGUCACAACUUCCAAGUAUUUUUAUAAUUUUCAAUCAGACUUCCUUAUAUUGUGCUUAAUUUCAGUACGAUUUUUUGUCAUGAAGUGACUUCUUUGACUGUAACCUUUUUUUUGUUUUUUUAUGGAAUUUUAUAUAACGUGAUACAAACAUACAGUAUUUGUUAGUGAUACAUUUGGUGUUUCCAGUGCUGCUAUUUAUUUAAUGAUUAUAAUUGCCAUUAAAACAUAAAAAAUUAUUUUUACAUUUUCUUUAUUGUAAUCAGUAUAUUUAAUCUAAUGUCACAUAUAAACUUACAGAUAUUAUUUCUUAGAUUUAAAAUAUUUGCCAAGACUUGGUGACUGUAAUGGUCAGUGGUGCUUGAGAGUUGUUAGUAGACAGACAUCUGUGAUUGAAAACCUCUUCCUUUCAGGCACUCAUUUCAAGAAGAAAUAGUGGAUUUUAAGGAAAGAAGAGGUCUUCACUAUUUGAUCAUUAUUUUUGAUAGUAUUGUUAUUUAAAAGUAGAUUUGUUUCAAUAUAGUCGAGGAUUUGCUGCUGUUUUUGUUUUUCAUAAUAAUGUUUCCAUCACACCAUUAGAUCAAGUGAGCCCUAAAAAUGAAAUCUUAAAAAACUGAUUGAAGAGACAUUAUGACAGCGAGAUGAUUGUCGAAACACUCUGGGAGUUUGAAUUGUUUUUCUGAUACUAUUUUAUGCAGCAUUUCUAUACACAACAUUUUUAAGGCUAGUCAUUAUUUUUAGCAAUAAUUACCCAAAAUUAAACGUGUUGAUGACUAACAAUAUCACAACAUAUACAUUUCAUGCCCAAUUUUCAUCUCUAAUGUUAUUAACAUUUUGGUUUUGCUUACAUUAAUAUUGAAACAAAAAUGUGUAGAGUUAUAGCCGUUCUUUAAAUGGGUUGUUUCUGUAAUGAUUCCAUUUUUUGUUUUGUUUUUUAGGGGGAGCAACUGUUUCAUGCUUAAGCAUAAAAUUAGUUUAUGGAUCUCCCUACUCUCCUCAUUUAGUUGCAUAUUUAAAAUUUGCAGUCAACAUAAUUACAAUAAAUAUUCAUGGAGAUUUAUAAAACAGUUGAAACAGCUGUUGAACAUGCUGAUGUUUUCUACAACUGGAACCACCAGACUUCUCAGUUUUUUACCAUUUUGGUCUGUGUCAUUUUGAGAUGAAAAGAACUAACUGACAAUUAACAGGGAGGUAUAUAGUUCAAAUUUUAUCGAUCUUAUUUUUCCCACAACCACUCAUUUUAAGAAGAAAUAGUGGAUUUUAUGUGGAAUAAAUAUGAAUCCAUUUGGGUUGAUACAAGUUGUGAUCUAUAUUUUGAUUAAAUAUUAGCUUUAUUUUUAAUAGAGAAAAUAUUAUUGGGAUCUGCUAUGUACACAAACACUCGUUCUAAGAAGGAACAGUGGGUUUUCUGCGUGCAUGGCAUGUCCUCCAUAAUUUACAGUACAUGUACUUGUGUGUGAAUGCAAUGUUUCCAAUAGACUUCUGUGCUUUGGAAUUGGUUUUAUUAAAUAAUCAGUUUUAAACUGUUGCUAAUUAUUAAGUCAUAUUCUUAUUUUGCUAGUUCUUUUCAAUAAACACUAGAGUUUCCAGUGUUAGUUUAUAUUGUGUUUUAGUAUUGUUUACAAGAAAUAGCAAAUGUAAUUGUUAAACUUGAAAACAAUGUGUUAACUUACAGCCUAGAAAGAAAUAACAAUGCUUUGAGAAUAUCUUAAGUAUGUAGAGUGUGAGUAAUAAAAUCUUGUUUAGCUGGA